AUGUCCUCCUCCACCCUUCCAGAUGCCUCCCAAGUCGGACUCCCCGCCACCGAUGCCUCCCGCGCCGCCGAACUCGCCAGUCUUAAGGUAAAGCUGCGCGCUGGCCUCCGCCAGUUCCCGGACUUCCCCUCCCCGGGAAUUUUGUUCGAGGAUAUCAUGCCCAUCUUCGCCGACUACACCCUGCACGAGGCCCUGAUCCGAUCUUUGGAACUUCACAUCCUUGAGAACCAUGGUGGCCAGAAGCCCGAUGUCAUCGUUGGCCUUGAGGCCCGUGGCUUCCUCAUGGGUCCCAGCUUGGCUCUGCGUCUCGGUGCCAGCUUCGUGCCUGUGCGCAAGCAGGGCAAGCUCCCCGGUCCCUGUAACACCGUUGGAUACGAGAAGGAGUACGGCCAGGACUUCUUCCAGAUGCAAUCCGAUGCCAUCAAGCCCGGCCAGAAGGUCCUUGUCAUCGACGACAUCAUUGCUACCGGUGGCUCUGCCUACGCUGGUGGUGAGCUGAUCCAGAAGAUGGGUGGCGAGCUGAUGGGCUUCAUCUUCCUCCUCGAGCUCGAGUUCCUUCACGGCCGUGACAAGCUCUCCGCCCCGGUCUACACCCUCCUCUCUGGCCAGGCUUAA